GGUUCUUUUUACUCAACGCGGCGCACGGCGGCGUGAUAGACGCAAUACCACAAAUAAGGUUUUUUUUAUCCCUCCGCCUCUCUAACAUCACCUCAUGGUUGAAAUAAAGCAAGAUUUGCCACCAGCUGGUGGCUAUGCAGCUGUUAAUUGGACAAGGGUUCCUGCAAAGAAGUUUUUUACAGGGUACCAGAUGAUUGCUGGAUAUUUGGGCCUCUUUGCAUUUGGAUUCUGGCUCACAAACCGAAUGCACAAGGUGUUCAGGAUUCGCAAGGUGGAAAAUAGAAGCUGCUAUAAUGCCAUCUUUCCCCUCCUUUUGGCUGAACGAGACAGAGAGUUCCUGAAGCAGCUGAGCCGGAACCGCGACGAGGAGGCCAAGCUGAUGAAGAACGUGGAGGGCUGGAAGGUGGGCCAGUACUAUGACUUGCCCAUCUACGAGCACCCGGACCGCGGCCUCACCAGCCCCAUAAUCAGCGAGUUCUACGCCCACGCGGAUCCCAAGUACCUGUGGGAGCGGCUAAACUACGCCAUGAACAAGUAGUGGCGCAUGCGAGUGAAGCGGACAGCGACGCGACUGUCGACGUCAUAGUUGAUGUCUGAUAUCGUGCAUCUAGGCGAAUUGAGUGUGGUGACGCGCUUGCCGGUGGCUGUUUUAACGAGCUGCCGCAUCAACAUAUUUCUGUGAGCAAUACAUCUGACCGUAUGAAA